AUGUAUAAUAAUAAUAAUGAUUCACAUAUGUUAGUUAAUCUACCUCAUAUUCUAUUAUCAAAGAUUAUUAAUUACCUAGAUGAUAAUAUAGAUAGAAUAUGUUGUAGUUUUGUUUGUAGAAAAUGGUUCAAUGAAAGAGAAAGAUAUCUAUCGUUUAAUACUGAUCGUCUAUUUGUGACUGAUAUGCAAGAUAAUGAUCAUUUUUAUUUGAAAUCAUAUCAAUCAUUGAUGAGUAAAUCAAUCGAUACAAAGAGUAAAUGUUCUCUUAUUAUUGGUGAUAAUAGAUUUGAAAAUGAUUUUCAUUUAACUCCACAAAGUUUUAGAACUAUCAAUGGUUUUAGUUUAUAUGUUUAUAAAUUAAUAUUAUGUGAUCAAACAACAAGAAAUGCUUUUAAAGAUGAUCAUCAAAAAGUAGAGAGUCUAUUAAAGAUGAUAUCAAAUUCGAAUAUUGUCAAGUUUAAAGGUUGUCCUACAAUUAGAUUUAGAUUACCUACGAACUUGACAUCUGUAACAUUCUCUGGUUACUUUGAUGAACCACUUCUACCCGGUUAUCUUCCACCAAUGUUAAAGAGACUUUAUCUAGGAAAUGGCUUGAAAUCUAAUUUUAAUCAACCAAUAACAGCAGCUGUACUUCCCAAUACACUUGAGAAAUUGGUGUUGGGCUACAGAUUCAGUCAUCCGUUGGAACCUGGAGUGUUGCCGGUAUCUCUGAGAGUGCUUAGAAUCAACGGAACAGCUUUUACAUACAAACCAAUCGUUGGAACGUUUCCACCAAAUCUCGAAAUACUUGAAUACUCUGGAUACGAUUCACCUAUCGGCGAUGGAGUACUACCGGCUACUCUACAUACCAUUGAGUAUAUACCUCUAUCGUGGAUUCCAGCUGUCCGUUCACUUCCAAACAUUCGAUCGCUAACCUUCUGGCAUUGGGAUUUCAAUGAAGAUUUCCAAACGAUCUCUCUCAGUGACUUACCGAUGACUCUUACUAGACUCGGUGUUUAUUCAACCACUGAGCUAGCUGGAUCGAUGCCGCCAUCGAUUAAACAUCUAUCGCUUGAAGGUGCAACUUAUGAGGUCGAUGAGAUCUUCAAGGAUCGAUCACAAUACCACUUGGAUUUCUUGAAAAUCGAUGGACAGUUCGAACAAUCGUUGGCCAGUUUGGAUAUAAAACAUUUGGAAAUCGAUCAUGGUGCCAACGAUGAAGAGCAAUGUCACGUAGCUAUUCCGCAUGGCGUUGAAUCAGUGCGCAUCGAGUUGAACGUAUCAGCUUUCAAUACACCCAUUCCUUCAACGGUGAAAAAGUUUAUCACCUCCGAUAGCUCUAACAGUCUAGAUGGCUUUGAGAAAUUGAUUUCACCAGAUAUCAUUACAGAUGCUUUGGAGGAAUUGGUGAUUAACUAUAAUUCUACAAUAUUUCCAAGAAAAUACAGUCAAUAUUUAUCAUCAAUCUCUUUUAGUUUUCCGAUGCAUAGAAUACCCAACAAGCUUGUACUCAUUUGUCGUAACCAUGAGAAAAUCUCUAUAAGAAGAAUACAUCGAAAUCAAUUUAUAAUCUUUGGUCACUCACCCAACCUCUCAGCAAUUAUUAAUGAAUCACAAAUUUGGAAUUUCAUAUCACAUCAUAUUAAAUCCAAUAUUCAUAAUCCAAGGAUCAAAGUCAAUAAUGAUUCUUAUCAUCGAUCGAUUAGACAACAAACUUUAAACUUAAAUCACCAAAUUAAUUAA